CACAAUUCGCAGCCCUCCCCCAGCACAUUUUCGGUGGAAUCAGGCGCGACCGCAAAGCAAACUCUCCCGCUCGCCAAUUUGUCGUCCUUUUCCCCCACGACAACCUCCCUCACAAAUCAGCCAAGAUGACCAAGCGCACGAAGAAGGUCGGCGUGACCGGCAAGUACGGUACUCGCUAUGGUGCCUCCCUGCGUAAGCAGGUCAAGAAGAUGGAGAUCACGCAGCACGCCAAGUACACCUGCACCUUCUGCGGCAAGACCACCGUCCGCCGCCACUCCACUGGCAUCUGGAAUUGCAAGUCCUGCAAGCGAACCAUCGCUGGUGGCGCCUACAUCGUUGCCACCCCCGCCGCCGCUGCUAUGCGAUCCACCCUGCGACGACUGAGGGAGAUCGCUGAGGUUUAAGGAGGUGAAUAGGGAAGGUGGACGGCGGAGAUUUCGACUUUGCAUUUCGGUCUGGUGUAUGGGGAUCCAUCAUGGUUUGCGUGCCUGCACUACGAGUUGACGAAAUGGACGUCGACACUCGAACUUUGGUCAUAGAGGGACCAGUCGAUUAGCAAUGGAACACCAAAAAAGGGUUGCAUGGUCUCGGACUACAUUUCAGACUCGUUUACCAACCACGAGGCGCCGUCGCCCGGAACCAGCCGGUCGGGCUGGACCAACUUUCGCCUCCUGUGACUGGAAUGGCUGUGCGGCCUGUUCAAGAAAACAGACACCCGACUGUUGCCCUUGUUGCUGUUGAAAAAAACGCAUGAUUCCUGGCCGUGAGUCAAGCUUGAGACCAAGUUGCCU